AAGACGGAAGAGACCGGACCCUGGAUAGAAUCGGGGAUUGCCAGCCCCUCCCCUGUCCCCUACGGAGAGACGAGUCCGGGGGCCGUCCUGGCGAAGUCAAAACAUUUAGUCUGGAUUUUUCAGGGGUUAGUUGUGGGAGUGACAAGUAAUUGCUACAAUUUAUUGGACAGUUGCAAUGUGUCAGGCACUGUGCUAAGUAUUUUGCUUCGAUGAUUUCACGUCAUCUUCACAACAACCUUAUGAGUGUGGACCCAGUCAGCAGCCAGGCCAUGGAGCUCUCUGAUGUCACCCUUAUUGAGGGUGUGGGUAAUGAGGUGAUGGUGGUGGCAGGUGUGGUGGUGCUGAUUCUAGCCUUGGUCCUAGCUUGGCUCUCUACCUACGUAGCGGACAGCAGUAGCAACCAGCUCCUGGGCACUAUUGUGUCAGCGGGUGACACAUCUGUCCUCCACCUGGGGCAUGUGGACCACCUGGUGGCAGGCCAAGGCACACCAGAGCCAACCGAACUACACCAUCCAACAGAGGGUAAUGAUGAGAAGGCUGAAGAGGCUGGCGAAGGUGGGGGAGACUCAACAGGGGAACUUGGAGCUGGGGGUGGUGUUGAGCCCAGCCUUGAACAUCUCCUUGACAUCCAAGGCCUGCCUAAAAGACAAGCAGGCGUAGAGAGCCGCAGUCCAGAAGUCCCCCUGAGAUCGGAGGAUAGCACCUGCCUCCCUCCCAGCCCCAGCCUCAUCAAUGUGCGGCUCAAAUUUCUCAAUGACACCGAGGAGCUGGCUGUGGCCAGGCCAGAGGAUACUGUGGGUGCCCUGAAGAGCAAAUACUUCCCUGGACAAGAGAGCCAAAUGAAACUGAUCUACCAGGGCCGCCUGCUGCAGGACCCAGCUCGCACACUGCGUUCCCUGAACAUUACUGACAACUGUGUGAUUCACUGCCACCGCUCACCCCCAGGGUCAGCUGUUCCAGGCCCCUCUGCUUCCUUAGCCCCCUCAGCCACUGAGCCACCCAGUCUCGGUGUCAGUGUGGGCAGCCUCAUGGUGCCCGUGUUUGUGGUGCUGUUGGGUGUGGUCUGGUACUUCCGUAUCAAUUACCGCCAGUUCUUCACAGCACCUGCCACUGUCUCCCUGGUGGGGGUCACUGUCUUCUUCAGCUUCCUAGUAUUUGGGAUGUAUGGACGAUAAGGACGUAGGGAGAAAAUGAAAGGCAUGGUCUUCCUCCUUUAUGGCCUCCCCUCUUUCCUGGACAGAGCUGGGCCCAGUGGCCUGGGAGGGAGGGGUGGAAAAGAUGUGGUGGGUACCCCCUCCAUAGGACAGGAGGCAGUUAUGGGGCUCCCUCUUCAUGUCCAUGGCAGGUACAGACAUCCCCUCUGUGCAAGCACAACUCAGGUAGAAACGAGGAUGUCAUCUUCCUUCACUUUUAGGGUCCCAAAGGAGUUCAGAGCUGAUGGCCAAACUCAGUGGGGAGUCUGGGCUCUGAGGAUUCUCUCCCAGCUGUGACCCUAGCUGUUCCCAGUGUCCUGCAUGUCUGCCCCUAUCUCCCAUGGCUGCCUGCUAGGGCAGCUCAGCAUGGCCUCUGCAUACUAAUGUAGGGAGCCUGGAGUAUCCUUCGAUUCCUUAGUCAAGUAUCAGUCUUUUGAGGCUGAAGUCACACUGGCAAGAAUGAAGCUUGUGCCAGCCUUCCCUAUGGGCACCUAGCUGUCUCCACCGUCUCUCCCUUGUACCCAUAUAGCAGGAAUAGGGUGUGUUCCAUGUUGUAGACAGUAGAUAGUCUCCAGUGUCCUCCCUUCUUCCAAAGCACUUUGCUUGCAUUUUUUUUUUUUUUAAAUAGUCCUUUAUAGAGCUCAGUCAGGAAGGGGAUUGGGGCACAAAGCCAAGGCCCCAGCAUUGGGAGCAGCCAGGCCACAGCUGCUACUACCCUAGGCCUGAGGCUGUAAGCAAGAGACAGCACUGGCCUCCAGCCAGCGUCCUACCCUGCCCAGCUCCAAGGACAAGCUCUGGGUAUGGAUCACUGGGCCCUAGCCCUUGCCUCUGGGAUUCUUGGAUGGAGGGUCAGUGUCUGUGACUGAAUAAAGUUCCAUUUUGUGGCUACUGA